AAAACUUGUCACCUGGUAUAUUCAUGACAGUUUAAAUGGAAUGUGACUCAGUACAUGAAAAUAUUAUUUAAACACGAAAGCACAUUAAAUUAAACAUGGCAAAUCCAAUAAAAAAAGUUCAAAUAAAAUCAGAAUCAACAAUAAAAAUAAAAACCGAACCUGGUUCAUCCGACAUCGAACGUUUAGCGUCAUUUAAAUUACCACGUGAUUUAACUUUAGGUGGAAAUGCACAUCGAGCUAAACGUACUUUUACACCAAAUUUAAAUAUUGUACGGAAUAAAAAUAAAAGUAAUGAACCUACUGCAUCCACAUCAGCGCCAUCUCCACGAGGAGGACGUGGGGGUCGUGGACGAGGCACAGAUAAUCGUGGUCGAGGUGGCCGUGGACGGGGUAAAGAGUUUAUACAAAGUCAAGGUGUAUUUUCUGAAGGUAUUGGUGAUAGGCGUAAACAGAGCUCAUGGGGAGGACGUUCUAGUGGCGGUGGAGGUGGUGGAACUAGGGACGAUUCUGCAAAUGCUAUAGAAAAGCCGAAAGUUGAUUUUAAACAAGAAAUUAAGGUGGACAAACAAGAGGAAGAUCAAAGAUUGGAAGAUAUUUUUUCGAAGAAAGGAAAUUAUUCAAAUUUAGAGCCAGAUUAUGAGUAUGCACCAAUUACGUUACCGUACCGAGUUCCAGAAAAUGAUAAAAGUGACGUGAAAAAAUUAGAUAACAAUAGUUUCAAUAUUUUAACGAAAAUCAAACAAGAACCAAUUUCUCAAGCGAACAAUUUAAAAGAUUUACUAGAAAGUGAAAAACAGAAAUACAUAUUUUUUCAAUUUCCAGAAUCAUUACCAGCGUUUGGAAGUACACCCGAACCUGAAACGCCAGCUAAUAAAAUUGAUAAAAAAACCGCAAAUCCAAAUAUUAGCACUACAGAAAAUAAUAUGGUUCCAAACCGAUGUACAUUGAAUGAUUUGAGUGAAGGAAUUGUUGGAAAAAUUGUAAUAUAUAAAUCAGGCCGAGCAAAAUUAAUUUUAGGAAGUACAGAAUUUAAUUUAGAAUUAGGAAUGCAACGAUCGUUUUUACAAGAUGUGAUGUCAAUAGAAACCAAUUCGGAGAAAAAUGAUGGGAAAAUGAUAAAUUUAGGACAAAUUGAAGGUGAUAUUGUUGUAACUCCAGAUUGGAAUUAUUUAUUAAAUAAU